CAGUACACAGAUAUCAAGCACCUACCAAUUCAGUCCAGCUCAUACUUUCGAGAUACAGUUACCCACUUUCAACUAUAAUAUCUCAACCAACACAACAGCUCCUCCCUCCGUUUCCGUAUUUUCUUCUUUCCUCUUACUGUCCUUCUUCUUCUUCUUCUUCUUCUUCUUCUUCUUCUUCUUCGUUUUCAAUAUUUAGCAAUUUCUAUUUCCAUCUUUUCCUACUUUCUACCUUCAGUUUCCAUAUUUGGAACCAAUAUGGCCGAGGAGGAGCCUAAGAAGGUGGAAUCGGAAACCCCCUCGGAGCCUCCACUGCCUCCUGUAGCUCCUGCUCCGGCACCUGAAGCUGUUGAACCUCCUAAGGACGUGGCUGAGGAGAAAUCUGUAAUUCCUCCGCCUCUGGAAGAGAAGGGAGAGGCUCCAGAAUCUGCUGAGGCUAAAAGUACUAAGGGUUCUGUCAAUCGAGAUGCUGUUCUUGCAAGGGUUGAAACAGAGAAGAGGAUUUCACUCAUUAAAGCAUGGGAAGAGAGUGAAAAGAGCAAAGCAGAGAAUAAAGCUCACAAAAAACUAUCAGCCGUCGUGUCAUGGGAGAACAGUAAGAAAGCAUCUGUGGAGGCUCAGUUGAAGCAAAUUGAGGAAAAAUUGGAAAAGAAGAGGGCUCAAUAUGUGGAGAAAAUGAAAAACAAAAUAGCACUAAUUCACAAGACAGCAGAAGAACAAAGGGCGAUGAUUGAAGCUAAACGUGGGGAAGAUCUUCUGAAAGCAGAGGAGACAGCUGCAAAGUAUCGUGCUACUGGAACUGCUCCAAAGAAGCUUCUUGGAUGUUUUUAGACAUGAAUACUCAGGUUUAAAUGAACAUUGCAUUAUUUGUGUAUUUAAUUGUGAGUUAUUUGUUAAUUGAGUUGUGUUUGUUCAUAGGGGAAGUUGGCCAAUUAUUGCGUGUUCAUGUUGAUGUAUUGUGUAUAUAUACCAUGUGAAUUGGAAGCUUGACUUAUUGAAUUUGUAAAAA